GCCGAGGAGGAGAGGCAGCAGGCAGGCAGCGGCAGAGAUGGGCUCACACCUCUGAAACACGAGUCAACCCCCCCCCGCCCCCCACCCCGAGUCGUUCACACCUCGGAAUCACAUCUCAACCACCAGUCAAGCAUCUCGGAUCACCCGGGACGCCUUAGUUUUUUUUCUUUCUUGUUUGCUUGUGGCGCUUAAUCAAUUUCUGGACUGAAGCUGCAAAGAAAGAAAGAAAAAAAAGAGAAGCCUCAGCAGCAGGAAGGUUUGUGGUUGCAUGCCGACGCUCAGCCCCGAAGCCUCUCCUGCGCCGCUGGCGAAGAGGUCCGCCGUGGUAAUAAUGCAUCCAGAUCAGUACUUACCUGAACUGGUGGCCGAGAAGAACAGCUUGGACCCCUCCUUGGUGCAUGCGGUGCGCCUACUUUCAGAAGAAAUUGAAAAGAAUGAAGGGGACGAAUUAAGAAAAGAUGGGGACACGAAGAAAUACCUGGAUAUCAUCAGCAAUAAAAACAUCAAGCUGUCUGAAAGAGUUCUCAUUCCAAUCCAACAGUAUCCAAAGUUUAACUUCGUUGGAAAGCUGCUGGGACCACGGGGAAAUUCCAUGAAACGAUUACAAGAGGACACCGGAGUGAAGAUGUCCAUCCUCGGCAAAGGGUCCAUGAGGGAUAAAGGGAAGGAAGAAGAAUUAAGGAAAAGCGGCGAGGCCAAAUACGCCCAUCUGAGUAAUGAUCUUCACGUUUUAAUUGAAGUCUUUGCUCCACCUGGUGAGGCCUAUUCACGCAUGAGUCACGCCUUGGAAGAGAUAAAAAAAUUCCUAGUUCCAGACUACAAUGACGAGAUCAGACAGGAGCAGCUGAGAGAGCUGUCGUUGCUCAACGGCUCCAACGAGUCGGGCCGAGGGAGGAGCGCACAGGCGAGGAGCGCACGACCAGCAACCACAACCCCCACCGGGGGCCACAGAGGCACAGGAAGGAGUGUCGCCGCUCGGGGGACGCCGGCAGCGACACACAGCAAACCCCCCACCGCUGUCUCAACAAGGGAGGCGCAGGCACCCAGAAGCAGGGGGGCAGCAGGGAACGCAGGAUACAGGCCCCCGCUGUUAGCUGUCACACAUGAAUCAUACGACGACUACGGCUACGAUGAUGGGUAUGGAGGGGAAUAUGAUGACGAGAGCUACGAAGCAUAUGAGGAUAACUACAGCAAUCAGUCAAAGAGCAUUUCAGAAUAUUACGAAUAUGGACAUGGGAACAGUGAUGAAUCCUACAACAACUACGAGGAGGAGUGGGCGACCACCCGUCCCAGCCUCAAAGCCCCAGUUAUACGGCUGACGAGAGGGGGCUACAGAAAACAUCCCUAUGUUAACGAAACACACUUGAGUGCGAUUUUGGUCAAGAUUUCGGUCAGAGACAAAUCUAACAGCCUUUUCUACUCGUACUGCUUCUUUCCAGAGCAGAAGGCAGAAGAAUCUGUUCCCAGAGGACUGAGGACGGCACUCAGCCACCAGCCACCAGACAUGCCAUCAGUCAGGAGAGUGCCUAGAUGACAGGAGGAAAGGUGAUGGAACAUGAAACACGAUGGUGAAGACAAAUGACUCACAGGUAAGGAGCUGAUUGUGUUUAUUAGGUGUUAAUGUUCUCUAUUAGAAUAACACGCAUGCCAAUCAUCUUUGACUGUGUGUUUGCAUUUGAUUUGCUCUGCAGUGAAGUAGUAGACUGAGUCUCGCACAGGCCCAACCUAAAAGUAUGUCUUCCUUGGGGAAAAAACAAUGUAAAAGUCUUCAACUAAUGGAUCUUAUAAUUUAACUAAUUGACAUGGGCUCAUGUUGGAUUGUUGAAUCCAAUUGGAGGUACUAUUUCCUUCAGUCUUUACUUUGACUGAUGUUUUUUCCAAGUGUGGGGUCAUAUUUGGCAAAAGGGUUGUAAGAAACUUAUUGUCAACUCCCAUUUACAGUAUUUACAGAGUAUGUUGAAAAAACAACCUUAACCCCAGUGCUUUACAGAUAUAAAUAAACCAACAUUUUGGGAAAUCCUCACACGCAUUGGAAUGCCUGAACCACAUCACCAUCCACGCGUGAAGAACCAGCAAGAGAGAGUGUCAUAGUCCCUCAAACAGUACCAAGGUACCACCAUGUGCUUAUGUUAAUAGAAAUCCCCAUCUUGGCCUGGACAUAGAAAGAGAGCCUUCCACAGCCAGCUGGUCCCGAGGUCCAUCUAACUGCACGAGGCCUCAGGACAGCCCUCACCAUCUGGCCCAGCCGAAUUAUAGCUUUAAGGGACAGUGUGCAACGUAUUGGGGGGAUAUUGGCCAAUAUUGAAAAUAAUCCUCUUUUAAUCAGUUUAUAAUCACACUAUAGAAUGGUUAUGUUUUCCUGAGCUUAGCAUUUAACAUUUGUGUCUACGUGGGGAGCGAAAGGACAUGGCCUUUAGUUUAAUACGUUAUCUGAAGGGAGGGAAGCAUUACAGCAUUACCUUACAGAUGCUUUUCAUUAGUAAUGUUAAACAUUCUGCUGUAAUGUAUUAUCUCGCUACAGUGUGCAUUUGCUCUGAUCUACUCCACCACAGACAAACACAAACCUCUAGAUGAGGAUACAAGUUACACACUGCCCCUUUAAUAAAAUAACACAAAAACUUAAAACAUACUAAGCUAUUUGGCUCUAAACAAACAAAUGUAUAUACAGCGGCAAAACUGUGAACAGAUUCAGUGAGGACACAACCCGACUUAAAGGCCUACAGAAGACCGGUCCGGUCAGCUAAUCUCAGAGAUUUGGAUGCACUUUCUGAGCAGCCUUAAUUGUGUCAGCACCAACAAAGGAGUAAAAUGCAUCAGCACAUUUUACAGCUGUUGUCCUUACAGCUCACACCCUUUUUUUCUUUUACAUGUGAAACUAUUAAUGUCAAAACAAUGAACGGCUUUUCAAAUGUUGUCAAUUGUUUAUAAAUGUCCGUAAACAAAGAAGAAUGACUAAUCUAUACAGUAGCCCUAGAAUACAUGAACAUACGUGCACACCUUUCAGCCCUCAAAUCUUUUCUUUGACAGGUCGUCAGUGACAGGACGUUGAGAGGGGCUGGGGGGACCUCGGUGGGCCCUUGGGCCCGGCCUUUCCCUCUCAGGCCCCUGCUGCCACCCCUUGGAAGACAAUCUCAAAGACGUUUAGACUCCAGCAGCGUGUCUACAAUGUGCUGCCAUCAAAGGACCACUAGGUGUGCUUCUGACAAGCCACUUUCUAAAAAAGAAAGGUUCAUGUGAGAGAACACACACACACAGACACACACAGACAGAGUGAAUGCAGUGCCCUUUGUGUUGGGGGGAUCAAAUGAGACCCCAGUCAGUGUCCUGGGCCCUGUGCAGGCCUCCGGACCACAAAAGCGGACCCAAAAUAAGUUGCACUAAGUUAAUUAGGGCUUUGGUGACAUCACAGGGCAAUACUUCAGUGGGGAGAAGUUGGCUCACAGCACUUUUGAGCAUUUCGGACUUUGACGCACUGAUCAGAGAGCAAGGUAUUGUGGGUGUGUGGCACAAGGAUCUGCACCGUGCCUCUGCUUUUGGCAGGGCCAGCAGUCCUCCGGUGAGCCCCC